AUGAACCAAUAUAAGACGUCGUCUAAGGCGAAGAAGAAGCAAACGACAACGACACAAGAGGUCCAGCAUACGGCAUGGGGAGGAAGGUAUCUUGGAGUAAGGAGGAGGCCAUGGGGAAGGUAUGCGGCAGAGAUUCGAGACCCUUCCACAAAGGAGAGACAUUGGUUGGGCACUUUCGACACCGCAGAGGAAGCUGCCCUCGCAUACGACAGGGCAGCACGCUCCAUGCGCGGGUCACGUGCCCGCACCAACUUUGUCUACGUGGACACUCCACCUGGCUCAUCCGUCACCCCAAUCCUCUCCCCCGACCAACAACCUCUCCCUCUUCCCCAACAACCCGACCCGGUUCAAACAUUCGACCCGGUCGGCCUCCUCGGGAUUGCGUCCGGUUCUUUCUCGUACGGUUAUGGACACGGCGACCAAUAUAGUACCCAAGGUGCUCCUGCUGCAGCCAGCGUGGCAGGUUCCCAUUUCAGCCAACAGGUGUUUCUCGAUGAUGAUAAUAAUAAUAAUAAUAACAAUAAUAAUAGUAGUGGUAGCACGAUAGAGCUUCCUCCUUUGCCACCGGAUAUUACCAGCUCUAUGGGUUAUGAGAUGGAGCAGAAUCAAGGGUUUUAUAAUAGCGGUUAUUAUUGGGAGCACAACGUUGAGGAUAAUUUUUACAUGCAUAGGAGUCCAGUGUUGAGCGAGAUGGCAUCAGUGUCAGAGAAUAUUAAUGUGGCAGCAGAGCCUGAAGUUUUUUAUUUCGGGAGCUCCUCUUAUUUCUUCUGA